UGAGUUUUGUGUCAAUUCAUAAUUCAAUUCUUCCAGAAAGAUUUGACUGUUCAUUCUUGAUUUUGUUUUCUUGGCAGUGAUCUUGCGAUGAUCAAGUUAACAACCGUCUUGCUCUUAUUCGCCACAGUAUUGACUGCAUGGGGUCAAAGUGAAGAUGACGACUACUGGUCCCCUCCAGACCCGGAAACAGAAUGUGGACCUGGUGAAGGAUUGCAGUACUCUGCAAUGCUACUUACAACUAAGUGUGAUGACUGUCCGAUUGGUCAAUACAACUUCGAGCGGUCACGUGUGGACGAGUGUAUGAGUUGUCCUAUUGGACAAUUCAGCAGCACCACAGGGAGCACAUUUUGUUAUUCCUGCGAACAAGUUCUCGACAGACCCUCCACUACGAGGAGGUCGGGUUCCACUUCGGUAGAUGAAUGUGUUGAUCCGGAUGAAAUCAUAUCUAAUUUCGCUCAAGCAACGGUUACGAUAGAUAUCACUGUGGCUGGAAAAGACUUCUGUACAGGCAUCGAAGAUCUCCUUAUGGGAAUGUCCAAUGUGAUACCAUGGGAUGGUCAUUUCUCUCAGUGCAGUGUAACUGAGGACACAGCAGAGAACCCAGUUACCACAGAGAUGACCCUUGAGGUGACCUUGCCAGCAAAGUUCGCUUGGUACUUCUACUCGGCAGUUAAUUUUGUUGACGUUCAUACACAAGUCGUAUCAGCGUAUGCGGAAUUAGGAUCUUUCUAUGCCGAACGCAUGAUGAGAUACGUGAACUACUUAGUUGACAUGGGGGGAUUAACAUGGCUGGGUCUUGAUAUGGAUCCCAAGGUGCUCAAAUUAGACGGUAUUGAACUGAGAGGAUUCGAGGCUUCUUUUAAAGGACACUGCAAAUACGCUCCAAGAGACGAUGACUAUUUGUGCAGCGGAGAACCAGAUGAGGAUAAAGAUGCAUUUCCCAACAACUAUUACGCAGUCUUCUCUGUGACUGAAGGUAAAUUAGACUGCUCCUCAAAUGCUGGCCGGAUCAAACUUAGAAACAUAAUCGAGGAGAAGGACCAGAGCACUGGCAUCAUUCCUUGUCAAAGCAAGAACGGAAAGACUUGCGAACUGAGGUUUGUUGAGUGCAAGGAAGGUAAUGUAUACAUCCAGGUGACCCAACUCAGAAAGGGGGAGGAAAUCAAUAUGGAUAUGGAGAUGGGGGUGAAUGACGCCGAGGGAAAAGCAUCUUGGACUUUCCAGGACGGAGACUCGACCGUAAAGUUUGAGGCGUCUGAUAUGAGAGAAGGUUGCAAUAUCCAAUUCAAGGGGAUGAACAACAUUGAUGAUUUAACAGAUGCAUUCGAUGGAUCAGACUGCAUCUCUUGUGGGGCAGGAAGCUUCAUCAAUGACUUGGGGGUGUGUCAGAAAUGUCCCUUCGGAUCGUGGGGAGAUGACGGUGUCCACUGCAACUCGUGCGGCUGGCAAUUUGCCACCCCUUUCUGGGGCAUGCCGGACGAAGGCAAAUGUAUUCAAACGAACAAUUGGGAGGAAGUUAGAGAUUCCAUCUACCAGGAUUGGGAAUCCAAACUGCCGAGAUCUGCUGGAAACAAUUUCUUUGAGCUUGCUCUCACUCCUACAAUGAAUAUGUGUGGACCCGUUCACGCAAAGAAAGAUCUUGAUGAAAAGUGCCUAACAAAAUUCACUGAGGAGGAGCUGAUAUGGCCAGAAGAUAUGAACUUCAAUUUAGAGGAGUGGACCAUUGAACAAAUUAUAUGCUCAGGAAGCAAGCAGGUUUCGUCUGUUUUCGGCCAGCUUUGUAGACCAGAUUGGGACAAAACAUGGGAAGAAGUUUUCAGCGCUCUUUUUGAACCUGAUGAGACGGACGGUAUUCAACAGUUGGUGAUGGAUGGUGUGUGUUUUGUUUUGAAGCGGGUCAAUGAUCUUGAAGUUGCGGACACCUCCGAUGACUGUGCUUAUUUGGAGAAAGAUUUAUAUGAGAUGAAUAUGCCUGUUGACCUCCCUUCUUUAGGAAUAGACAUGGGAGUUUCGGAGAUACUUGUACCACUGUUUUCUGAAAUGGAAAACCUGGUAACUAUGAACUUCGGUUCAUUUGCUGAUGCUGGCAUGGCUAUGAUGGAAUCCAUGGGGAUGGAUGACAUGAAUGCACUUGUGGGAUGGGAUACAGCUAACAAUUUGAGGGAUAUUGGUAUGAGCGUUCCUCGUGCAUUUAGGAUGAGCAGGUUUACGUUUGCAGCUGAAUAUGAUGAAGAGCAAUUUUUCUGUAAAGACGGUCAAGCGAAGAGAAGUUGUGAUUCUUAUUGUGACGACGAUAGUUGCAGGAGAUCUGGAGAAGAUAUAGGAUUCGACCUUCAAUGUGAGAGAGACGAGUGUAACAAUUGUGCUGAAAGGUUCUUCUAUUACGAAGGAGGGAGGGAAGUAGAAUUUGAACGCUGUGCCUCAUGUGUCGAUGAUUUCGACAAGGAAAUUGACAACGCUGUUCUGAAAAGGGUCUUCAGGAACAAUGUAGAAGCCCAAUACGUCUGCAAUGAUGGGUGGGUACCUGAAGAUUGCAACAGUAGGGCUAAAUGCGACUACUCAUCCGGUCAAAAUAAUAUAGAGUAUCCAAAUUGUAUCCGGGAUCAGUGCGAUUGGCCUGAAUCCGUGGAAAAUGGCGAAUUCUACACCGAUUGGGGAACUGACGAAGAGAUGAGCCCGGAGAUGUGCCCUUAUAAGAGUUUCCGGUGCUACGAAGGAUAUUACUCCGAGAAUGGUAACAGGGUUGAGUGUGAUGUUAGGGAUGAUUUUGAUAUCAAUAUCGACCGGCCUCAAUGUACGAUGUAUGAAUAUGAGUAUGACGAGGACGAAAACGAUGAAGGAGACGAUUUCUGGCAACCACCAGCACCAGAAAAACAGUGUUAUGAGCCUGGUCAAGGAUUGCGGUAUUUUGAAGGUGGAGAAGGAAGACAGUGUGAUGACUGUCCGAUUGGUCAAUACAACUUCGAGGGGUCACGUGUGGACGAGUGUAUGAGUUGUCCUAUUGGACAAUUCAGCAGCACCACAAGGAGCACAUUUUGCUACUCCUGCGAAGAGGCCUUCGACAAGCCCAUGACAACAAGGUUUAUUGGCUCUUCUUCAAUGGAUGACUGCGUUGAUCCGGAUGAAGUUAUAGCCAAUUUUGCUCAAGCAACAGUUGGGCUAGAUAUCACUGUGGCUGGAAAAGAUUUCUGUACAGGCAUCGAAAAUCUUCUCUGGGGAGUCUCCAAUGUGUUACCUUGGGAUGGUCACUUUACCAAGUGCAGUGUUAUGGUCGAGGACACAACUAUCACGGAGAUGACUCUUGAGGUGAAAUUGCCAGCAAAGUUCGCUUGGUACUUUCACUCGGCACUCAGUUAUGUAGAAGUAUGGAGGGAAGUUGUAACAGCUUAUGUGGAAUUGGGAUCUUUUUAUGCAGAACGCCUUAUGAACUAUGUGAACUUCAUUUCUGAUAUGGGAGAAUUGAAGUGGUUGGGUUUAAAUAUGGACCCCGAUCUGCUACAAUUAGAUGGAAUCGAACUGAGAGAAUUCAAUCCUUCAUUUAAGGGACACUGUAAAUACGCUUCAAGAUUUGACGACUACUUCUGCACCGGAGAACCAGAUAAGGAUAAAGAUUUAUUUCUCAACAACUAUUACGCACUCUUCACUGUGACUGAAGGUAAAUUAGACUGCUCCUCAAAUGCUGGCCGCAUCAAACUUAGAAACAUAAUCGAGGAGAAGGACCAGAGCACUGGCAUCAUUCCUUGUCAAAGCAGGAACGAAGAGACUUGCGAACUGAGGUUUGUUGAGUGCAAGGAAGGUAAUGUAUACAUCCAGGUGACCCAACUCAGAAAGGGGGAGGAAAUCAAUAUUGAUAUGGAGAUGGGGGUAAAUGACGCCGAGGGAAAAGCAUCUUGGACUUUCCAGGACGGAGAAUCGACCGUAAAGUUUGAGGCGUCUGAUAUGAGAGAAGGUUGCAAUAUCCAAAAAAAGGGGAUGAACAACAUUGAUGAUUUAACAAAUGCAUUCAAAGGAUUAGACUGCAUCUCUUGUGGGGCAGGAAGCUUCAUCAAUGACUUGGGGGUGUGUCAGAAAUGUCCCUUCGGAUCUUGGGGAGAUGACGGUGUCCACUGCAACUCGUGCGGCUGGCAAUUUGCCACACCCUUCUGGGGCAUGCCGGACGAAGGCAAAUGUAUUCAAACGAACAAUUGGGAGGAAGUUAGAGAUUCCAUCUACCAGGAUUGGGAAUCCAAACUGCCGAGAUCUGCUGGAAACAAUUUCUUUGAGCUUGCUCUCACUCCUACAAUGAAUAUGUGUGGUCCCGUUCACGCAAAGAAAGAUCUUGAUGGAAAGUGCCUAACAAAAUUCACUGAGGAGGAGCUGAUAUGGCCAGAAGAUAUGAACUUCAAUUUAGAGGAGUGGACCCUUGAACAAAUUAUAUGCUCAGGAAGCAAGCAGGUUUCGUCUGUUUUCGGCCAGCUUUGUAGACCAGAUUGGGACAAAACAUGGGAAGAAGUUUUCAGCGCUCUUUUUGAACCUGAUGAGACGGACGGUAUUCAACAGUUGGUGAUGGAUGGUGUGUGUUUUGUUUUGAAGCGGGUCAAUGAUCUUGAAGUUGCGGACACCUCCGAUGACUGUGCUUAUUUGGAGAAAGAUUUAUAUGAGAUGAAUAUGCCUGUUGACCUCCCUUCUAUAGGAAUAGACAUGGGAGUUUCGGAGAUACUUGUACCACUGUUUUCUGAAAUGGAAAACCUGGUAACUAUGAACUUCGGUUCAUUUGCUGAUGCUGGCAUGGCUAUGAUGGAAUCCAUGGGGAUGGAUGACAUGAAUGCACUUGUGGGAUGGGAUACAGCUAACAAUUUGAGGGAUAUUGGUAUGAGCGUUCCUCGUGCAUUUAGGAUGAGCAGGUUUACGUUUGCAGCUGAAUAUGAUGAAGAGCAAUUUUUCUGUAAAGACGGUCAAGCGAAGAGAAGUUGUGAUUCUUAUUGUGACGACGAUAGUUGCAGGAGAUCUAAAGAAGAUAUGGAAAUCGACCUUCAAUGCGAGAGAGACGAGUGUAACAAUUGUGCUGAAAGGUUCUUCUAUUACGAAGGAGGGAGGGAAGUAGAAUUUGAACGCUGUGCCUCAUGUGUCGAUGAUUUCGACGAGGAAAUUGACAACGCUGUUCUGAAAAGGGUCUUCAGGAACAAUGUAGAAGCCCAAUACGUCUGCAAUGAUGGGUGGGUACCUGAAGAUUGCAACAGUAGGGCUAAAUGCGACUACUCAUCCGGUGAAAAUAAUAUAGAGUAUCCAAAUUGUAUCCGGGAUCAGUGCGAUUGGCCUGAAUCCGUGGAUAUGGGAGAAUUCUACACCGAUUGGAGAACUGAUGACGAGAUGAGCCCGGAGAUGUGCCCUUAUAAGAGUUUCCGGUGCUACGAAGGAUAUUACUCCGAGAAUGGGGACAGGGUUGAGUGUGAUGUAAGAGAUAAUUUCCAGGUAGGCAAAUAUCCUGAAUGUAAGUGGUUUGACUUUGAUGAUGAGUCAAACUUUGACGAAGAUAAAUACGAUGGUGACGAUGAUAACCAAGGUGAGGUGGAUGGAGAUGGUUGUUACUUCCCGGACUUAAUCGACAGAGGGGAGAAAAUCUCUGAUAGUGGAUCAUACGCUGAAUACUCUUGCUACAAGCCCUAUGUCAUGACACCCAACAGAAAGUUAAUGAUGGGAGCAUCGUCAUCCAGUGGUCAACUGUCGAAUACUUACUCCACCUACUAUAAUAUCGCCUUUUGCUCUGAUGAUAGAAGUCAGAUGUACUUCCCUGAGUGCAUGGAACCUGAAGAGGCCCGUCACUGUGGACUGCCAAAAUACAUCUGGAACGGUAAAGCUGUUCCAUUUAUGUUUCUCAGAGAUGUGCUUAAAGAAGAAACGGACGAUUAUGAACGUCAAUAUUUUGAUGACGCGACCAUGGCAACGAUGAAAGAAGUUGUGGAUGGCUAUGAUUCACAACUUCCCGACGAAAUGAUGCCAUUUAUGGCUCAAUACUUCUGUGAUGAGGGAUACAAAAUGAUGAAGACGAUGAGGGGUGACAUGGGUUGGUGUCGUAAAGACGGUUCCAUGGAGAUACCAAGAUGUGUCCGGUCCUACGAGCAUGUAGAAAUAAUGUUCAGACUUGUGAACAGCAAGGAGAUGAAGAUGACUAAUAAAGCAGGAAAUGUGUUCGGUGGUGUUGUACAGGCUAAGGAGGUGAUUGGGGGGCAAAAUCCGGACGAGUUGGAAUGGGAAUACGGAUGUAACGAUGGUUUUAAUGACAAUGCAGCAGGAGCUAUCUGCAGAACUCAAGGUUUCCAACAUGGGGCCCAGGUGCCUGUUUCUAAGAAAGUUCAACUCUUGAAAGCUGCCGGAAUGAUGGCACUACCGAAGUCAAUAACCGACGAUAUGCCUAGCUCGUUCGGCUGGACUAACUUUGCUUGUGAUCACGAUGACACUCUUGCUACCAGUGAGUCGUGUAAAGCAAGUCGUUACGGAGACGCUAUUGCGGAUAAGGGUGUGAAGGCUAUGUGUUUCAGUUUCGACAGGAUGGCUGUUAAAUGCUUUAACGAUGGCGACUUUGGAAUCGAGGUUGAUGUGAGCUUUUCAAAGAAGAAGAUUAUUUGUAAUGCUCAGGGUUCAAAACAAGGAAGUGCCAUUGACCUUGGUCCGCUGAACCUACAAGUGAAGUUUCUGGUGGACGACGAGAUGGUAGCAGACACUUCUGUUUACAAAAAGAAGAAAGGUUACAUUGCAAAGUACAACUUUAGAAAAAGAGAAUUCAACUGUGUCCGCUGUAUUAUUCACACAGAUGGCGUCGCCAUUGCAGAGGGCAAGACCUGCAAAGACGAAUAGUCAGCAUUUCAGCAGGAACCCUUUGAUGACUGUGCUCAUGAGUUUGCUAGAAACCAGACAACAGACAAAUAUCCAGCAACUCAAAUAUGCUAUAGAGUAUAGAUAUACCAGCUACAACAGGUGUGUAGUGAAGUAGAACGUACAAAAGUAGGAAAUCGUAGCAUAUUAAUAUUUGACUGUUUAUCCUUAUGCUUAUGUUAUACUGGUUUUAAAUUCCAAAAGGACAUGAAAAAUCUUACCUGGGGACCAGGACCACAGGCUAUAAUUUUCAUAAAGAUAGAGAUUCGGCGGAAUAGAGAUUCGGCGGAAUGAUAGGCUGAGCGCCGCCCAGUAAGAAAAACCUGGUCAAAUGGAUAAUUUUUUACCACGUUCGCUUUUAAUGUUUUGAAAAUCUAACAUUAUAGCAAUUUUAACAUAAAGCAAAAUCAGGCAGAAUUUUGUUGUUUAAUAAUAUUAAUUAUAUGAUUAACUAAUUAUGUGAAAUAAUAAUGUAUUGCAAGUUGUGCUUGUAGUUUGUUUA